GGUUACACGGUUGGAUAGACGACUGCCAUCUGUUUUACGUCGAAAAGGUUGCAUUUUGACAGCAGCUCCCAUCAAAUGAAAAUGACUCCUUGACUUUCCUAGAUUAUCGGACUUGGUUAUUUAAAGCGCGGGACGAGGGACAGCAGAUAUGGGACUGACCUUCUCUAUAAUACCUCUGUCCGGUACCGUGCUGCUGCUUCUGCUGCUGCCGAUAGAGAUGUCUUGCUUUCGGACAUAACACAACACAAGAAGAGGAGAAAUGGACCUCGGUGGACUGGACAAAUUGAGACAUUUAUGAAAACUUUUCACUAAGAAGGUCCAGGAACAAUGUCGGUGAACAUCUCGAGCUUGAACAGCACACUUCUGUCUCCGCCGGUCUCUUCUCACAAUGUUCCUGCCCUCAUAUUUGGACUAUUGCUCAUUAUAGUGAUCAUAUGCGGGAAUGUACUCGUGUGCCUCAGUGUUUACAAGGAAAAAGCCCUGAGGACAACGACAAACUACUUCAUUGUGAGUUUAGCUGUGGCAGAUCUGCUUUUGGCAGUUUUGGUUUUACCCCUUUUUGUUUAUGCGGAGUUUCAAGGUGGUGUCUGGUCCUUGGAUUUGGCUCUCUGCGAUGGACUAAUGACUAUGGAUGUAAUGCUCUGUACAGCAUCUAUAUUCAACCUUUGUGCAAUCAGUGUUGACAGGUUUAUUGCUGUGUCCAUACCACUAAACUACAACCGAAAGCACGUUGACCAUCGGCAGAUUCUCUUACUCUCUGCCACUUGGCUCCUGGCGCUGGCUGUGGCAUCGCCGGUUAUCUUCGGAAUCAACAAUGUUCCCCAAAGAGACCCCAGAGAGUGCAAACUGGAAGACAAUAAUUAUGUGGUGUAUUCCUCAGUCUGUUCUUUCUUCAUUCCCUGCCCCAUCAUGCUCUUACUGUACUUCGGGGUGAUCCAUGGCUUACGCAAGUGGGAAGAAGCUCGCAAAGCCAAACUGAGAAACAGUAUUCAAGCCUGUCGCAGGUUGCAGCAUGCUGCGGUGGCCACCGCACUCCCACCCCUGGGGGCUCUGCCUGCAUCUCUACCCCGGGUCAUUGAGAGGGACCUGGCCCAGUCCAGCCUUGAGGAGCUGCGUGACUUUACACAGCCCAUCUGUCCCUUCCCAGCAGAAUAUAAACACAGCCCUAUUCAAACUGUGGACUACUCAAACUUUCAAUAUGGUCAGCCAACUCAAAGAAAGAAGAGGGAGAAGAUCAAUGGAAGGGAGAGAAAAGCCAUGAGGGUUUUACCUGUCGUUGUGGGUGCCUUCCUCUUCUGCUGGACUCCAUUCUUUGUAGUUCACACCACACGAGCCAUGUGUGAAUCAUGUGACGUCUCCCCAUACCUGAUGAGCACAGUGACAUGGCUGGGUUAUGUGAACAGCGCUCUGAACCCCAUUAUCUACACCAUUUUUAACACUGAAUACAGGAAGUUCUUCAGAGGAUUUUUUCAACGCUGCUGUUGACAUCCACAAAAUAUGAGAUAUGAUAAUGCCAUAAUUUAUGCUACAGACAUUUAUACGUGUAUACUGGAAGUAUAUAUUAAACAUAUAUAUCUGUAACCAUAUGGAACUGUUUUAUUUAGUUUUUAUUAUUAUGUUAUCUUACCAAUGUUUUGUUUGAUUGUGCCUAUGAUGUACUAUGUCCAAAUGUUUUAUAAAGCAGUCUUUAUUUUAAAGAGAUAGUUCACCCAAAAAGGAAAAUUCUGUCAUUUAGUAACCCUCAUGUUGUUCCAAACCCAUAUUAAUUUCUUUCUUCAAUGGAACACAAAAGAGGAAAGAAAGGCUCAGUCACCAAAUUAAUUUCAUUGCAUCUUUUUAAUCCAUACAAUGAAAGUAACCAUGGCUAACAGUCUCCCUAUGAACAACUUUUGUGUUGAAGAAAGAAUUACGGGUUUGGAACAACAUG